AUGUCUCUUAGUGCAAGGCUGAUAAGAAGCAUUGUUAAAUAUCUUCGUCCACCCAGUUUGCAGGUUCCAAAUGCCAUUAAAACUGGUGCGAUUAAAACUCAUACUGGGGCGGUAUUUGACGAAAAUGACGUUCGUUCCGCUCGUUUCAUGCAAUCAGCUAAGCUCGUGAAUAAGUCAUUUGCCUUGGAACUUAUUGAAAGCGUUCCUCCAAAGAAAGUAACAGAUCGUAUAGUUUCCUGCAAUGGGGGUCAUGGAGCCCUAGGUCAUCCUAAAGUCUACAUCAAUUUGGAUAAACCUGGCCCUCAUACCUGCGGAUACUGUGGCUUACGGUACGAGAAAGUCGAUUCCCAUUAG